AAACUCAAAAGGUUGCUAACAUUGAAAAAAAUAUACAUGGAGACACUGCACUGCAUGAGGCUAUAAGGAAUAAUCGUCCAUCUAUGGUCAAUUUGAUGACAAAAGAAGACCCUGAAAUUGCAAAUAUAGCGAAUAAUGCACUGGAAACUCCAUUGUUUCUUGCAGUUGAUAUUGUUCGAGGUGAUGAGAACCAGAUAAUGUCUGUGAAUUACAUAUUGGAAAAUUGCCCAUCACCAGCUUAUACUGGACCAAAUAGGAAAACUGCUCUGCAUGCUGCGGCUUUAUAUAAUCAGAAACAAAUAUCAAGAAAGUUGUUGAAAAAACAUCCAAAUAUAAUAACGGAAGUAGAUGAUCGUGGAUGGAGUGCUCUCCAUUAUGCUGCACAACGUGGAUUUGGAUUCGAUGUAGUAGCAGCAGAACUAUUAAAGGCUGAUAAAUCAAUAGCAUAUAUAGUUGCAAAAAACGAUAACAAUAAGACAGCUCUUCAUAUAUCAACUUGUCAGGGGAAAGUAGAGAUAAUGGAAGAGAUUUUGGCCUAUUGUCCUGAUUGCUGGGUGAUGGUCACUGGAGAUGGCCAAAAUAUUCUACACCUUUCUGUGAAAUUCGAACAAAAACGAGCAUUUAAAUUUAUCAUGGAAAAACCAUGGGUUGGCAACCUCCUUAACCAAAAAGAUGAAGAGGGAAACACACCCCUCCACUUAUAUGCUGCAACUUACGACUUCAACGGCCGUGAUCUUGUAAACCAUCCACAAGCAGAGAAGAAUUCUGUGAACAAGGAAUUUAUGACGCCUCUAGAUGUCAUAGAGUUUUCUGAUUUUCGUUCAAUGAGAAAGUUUGCCGUAGCUAAGGAAUUAAAAGCAAAAGGUGCUGAACGGGAUGCUUGGAAUUUAGCGACUCGUCUAAAUAGUCAGCGAUCGCAGAUUAUAAAAGAUAACAUUGAAACACUAAGAAAGAUUGCUACAAUAGAUAUUAGAAAAGUAGCCGACACACAUAUUGUAGUGGCUGCUCUCAUAACAACAGUUGCAUUUGCUGCCGGAUUCACCAUUCCGGGUGGGUAUGAUGGAAAUGAUGGCCCGAACAAAGGCCUCGCAAUUUUAUCAAGAAAGGCUGCUUUUAAAGCUUUCAUUAUAACGGACACAUUAGCUAUGGUUUGCUCUGCUUCUGCUAUUUUUCUCCACUUCUUUGCAGCCGUUGAAACUGACGAUUCAAAGCUUAGGAAGUUGUGGGGUGUUGCUACAAUGCUUGUUAUGGUUGCCAUGGGGGCGAUGGUAAUUGCUUUCAUGACCGGGCUGUACACUGUUUUACAACAUUCACUAGAACUUGCAAUCACAGAAUGUGCAAUUUGCAUCUUCUGCUUUCCUGUUAUCUACUACUCAGUGAAAAUGACGAUACCUAGUUAGAGAGAGUAAACGAUUUGUAAGUUUAUGCAACUAUUCUGUUUUACGCUUACUCUGUUGAACACACUCUAUAUCUUUGUAUUAUGCCAUAUUUAAUU